AUGCCUCCAGGUGUCGGAGGAAAAAGAAAGAGGGGAGACAGGUCUUGGUCUGGCGAUUCUGGAAACGAUGGACAGAGACCUUCUCCUCAUCGACCCGGCAACCUCAACCUAGCUCAAAACAACCCGAGCCAGUCUCCAAACCAGACCCGCGACUUUGGCGAGAGCAGCCGUGGAAGAGCAGGCAGGCGACCCAGCAGAGGUGGCAGAAUGCAAUCUGGUCGUACCCCGAGUGCUGGACAGAACUCGUCCAGCCAGUCUCAGGAUGGAGCCAUGUCUCCUCCACCUGCAACUCCAUCCAACGAUGUUCCGGAUCCAGUCCAGACGAACGGAGCUCCAGCAACAGAAACUGCCGCUCCUCCCCCUUCUAUCGAGAUGUCCGAAGCCCCUCAGAGCGACGACCCGCAGCCUUCUUUUUACGACUAUGAAUAUGUGACUGAAGAUGUAAUAACAAACUGGGCAUCUGGUGCGAAGCAGACAGUCAUCGAUCGCGGUGUAGCUGCACGCUCGGAAGAAGACACGAUCGGACUGGCUAGCUUGUUCCAAGAGAUCAUUAAGUCCGUUCUUGACAAAAGGCUACAACCGUCGGAGGCUGGAGAUACUGUGAAGCAAAUUCUGGGAGAAGAAGCGAUAUCGGAAAAGGUUGACCCAGCAGGUGGGCUCAAGCCGUCAGACGGCAAGCUCGAUGUCCGCUCGCUUUUCCUCGAUACCCUCUCCAUCCUUGUCGACGAGGUCGAUGCGACAAACGAUGAUCUGAAGCCCUUCGUCUUCGCCACUGGAAUAUCUCCAGCCUUGAUGCGUUUCCAACUGGAUACGACCUUGGUUCAAGGCUUGGGGUUGGUUCGAGACACAUUUUCCCGAGUGGGAAUCCGAAAGCAGACCAAUCUUCUCUACCGACAGUCGAACUACAAUCUCCUUCGUGAAGAAUCGGAAGGUUAUUCGAAGCUGCUUACGGAAUUAUUUACGACGAGUAACAAUGAACCCCCCACCAACGAGGUUGUUGAAGAUACGUUUGAGCGCGUCAAAGCUAUGAUAGGAGCUUUUGAUCUGGAUGUCGGCCGCGUUCUUGAUGUGACAUUGGAUGUGUUCGCUGCAGUGCUCGUGAAGCAGUACCGCUUUUUCGUCAAGUUCCUCCGUGUUAGUUCUUGGUGGCCGAAGGCAGAUACUUUUCGGAAUGACGAGGAGCACGACCUAUACUCUGGUCUCCCAAAGUGGGCUAUUCCAGGGUUAGCUGGGUGGCCGCCUACCGAGGAGGAAAAAGAGAAGAUUAUUCAGAUACACGAACAGCGUGACAAGAGAUUCUGGGACAGAGUACGAGAGGUUGGAACUCGUGCCUUUUUUGAAAUUGGACGACAACCCAUAACCGAUGAUGAGCGACGAAACUCGAUUGCGGAAGCCAGUGGCCAGCCAGAAGUUGAAGAUGAAACACGAAAAUGGAUUGAACAGACGGGAACCCUGCCUCCAAAAGGCAACCGCGUCGCUGCCCAGCUCCUAGGCUUCAAGUUGCGAUUUUAUUCCUCUUCAGUGCGCGACGAGGCCGGCGUGCUGCCCGAUAACCUCAUAUACCUUGCUGCGUUGCUGAUCAAGAUUGGGUUCAUUUCACUCCGCGAUCUCUACCCACAUCUCUGGAGGCCAGAUGAGGAGAUGGAUGCUUUGAAGGAGCAGAAGAUGAAGGAGAAAGCCGAAAGAGAGAGGGCUGCGCGUCCUGGUGGUGGUGUCAACGCUCUUAUGCUUGCCGGAGCACUCACCGAUGACACCGCUCCCGCUCCCCGUCCUCGUGAACAAGAGGCUCCCCCGGCCAAGGAACCAGAGGCUGAGAAAGCCAAAGAAGAAGAGAAAGAAGCUUUACCGGAGCCAUUGGACCAAAAGGUUCUCCUGCUGAAGAGCCUGUUGGCGAUCGGCGCCGUUCCCGACGCGCUCUACAUCUUAAGCCGAUUUCCUUGGCUUAUGGACGCCUAUCCCGAACUGCCCGAGUUCAUCCAUCGGAUCCUCCAUCACUGUCUGAGCAAGGUCUAUGCACCACUCCGGCCCUUGCCUGAUGCGAGCCACCUGCGCGAGCAGAGACAAGUCCCAAGCCCCGAUCAGUCAGGCGUCCCGAAAGGUCAAGUUCGACUCGUUGACGGCCCUCCUCGAAAGGUGCUUAGGUGGGCACAACUUGACAAAGAAGACCAGAACGAUGGGAUUGACUAUCGCUUCUAUUGGGACGAUUGGGCAGAUAACAUCCCAGUUUGUCAGACCGUCGACGACGUGUUUACGCUUUGCUCGUCCUUCUUGAACGUCUCCGGCUAUAAAAUCGGACAGGAUCCAAGCUUACUGACGAAACUCGCAAGGAUUGGCAAGAAUUCAAUCAGCGAGGACAGCUCAGAGAGCAACAAGGCACGUUGGAGAGAUCUCUGUAAACGCCUGCUUCUGCCCUCUUUGAGUUUGACCAAGGCAAAUCCUGGGGUUGUCAAUGAGGUGUUUGAUCUCAUCCGCAUCUUUCCUAGAGAGGUGAGAUACAACAUGUAUGCUGAAUGGUAUUUCGGACAAACAUCCCGGCAUCCAGAUAUUAAGUCAGCCUUUGAUCUCGCUCGCGCAGAGACAAAGGAUACAUUGAAGCGGCUGAGCAAGACAAAUCUUCGACCCAUGGCUAGGGCGUUGGCAAAAAUAGCGUAUGCAAACCCAGGCAUUGUGAUCAACGUCGCCAUCAGCCAGAUCGAAUCCUACGAAAACCUCAUCGAAGUCGUCGUCGAAUGCGCUCGGUACUUUACAGACCUUGGGUACGACAUCCUGACUUGGUCCCUGAUUAACUCUCUCGGCCAAAAGGGAAGGAGCCGUGUCCAAGAAGGAGGCCUUUUGACCAGUCGAUGGUUAAGUGCGCUCUCCACCUUUGCCGGAAGGGCGUUCAAGCGCUACUCGGUGAUGGACCCCACGCCGGUUCUUCAGUAUGUGUUUGAACAGCUUCGACAGAACAAUUCCACCGAUCUUAUUGUUCUGGAGCAAAUGAUCAGCUCUAUGGCAGGCAUCGUCACCGACACCAACUUCAACGAUGCCCAAAUUCAAGCAAUGGCCGGUGGCGAACUACUCCAAUCGCAAACUAUGCUACAACUUCUUGACAAGAGGCACGAAUCGAAGACGACGUCGAAACGGCUGAUGAAAGCCUUGACAGACUCGAAGCUCGCAGGGCAGCUGCUCAUUGCCAUAGCUCAAGAACGUCUUGUGUGUGUCUUCAGAGAGUCGGAGUCAAACCCGGAGCUUAAGUUACUGGGCAAUAUAUUCGAUGAGAUACACCGGGUUCUCACACAGUACUUGGAUCUUCUCCGAAGCAAUUUCUCCGUCGCCGAGUUUGACGAGUUUGUUCCUGGUCUUGCCAGCCUCAUUAGCGAAUUUGGAAUACAACCCGAGAUCGCUUUCUGGAUCACUCGUCCGAGUCUUUGCCAACGGAUUGCAGAUGCCGAUCGCGUUGCAAGGGAAGAGGCUAUGGCUUCGAAGAAGCCUGCCGAUGACACAACGUCUCCGACCAAGGGCACCGACGGUGAUGUCGACAUGAUCGACGAUGGCGAGAGAGUCGAGAAGGAGGAUGGUACUGUCGCAGAAAAUGAGAUGGAAGUGGAUCAGGAAGCGGAAGCUUCUACCACGAGCGUCAAUGGCCAGCCUGACUCCUCUACCGUGGCUGCAGCGACUUCUGAACCUGCGCCUUGGCAUCCAGUCCUGCAGGAGCUUAUGAACGAAAUAAAGACUGUCUUACCUCCUGAAACUUGGGAAGUCGUUGGUCUACCUUUCUACGUGACUUUUUGGCAGCUGUCGCUAUACGAUGUCCAUAUCCCGCAAAAGGCCUACGAAGAUGAAAUCGAGCGACAGAAACGCAAAGUGAUUGCCAUUGGAAAUGACCGGUCUGAUGUUAGCAUGGCCGGUACGCAGAGGAAGGAGAGGGAAAAGAAGCAGAUCACGGAACUACAGGAACGCCUGCUGGAAGAGAACAAACACCACCUCAAAUCUUAUGGACAGACGCGAGCAAGGUUGCAGAAGGAAAAGGAUCAAUGGUUUGCCGGUAUGCGAGGCAAGCCUGAUGCUCUCAAUAUCGCACUUUUGGAGCAGUGCUUCUUACCUCGCCUUCUUCUCUCGCCUAUUGAUGCUUUCUAUUGUUUCAAGAUGCUCAAGUUCCUUCAUAGUUCGGGAACGCCGAAUUUCCGAACAGUUGGCCUGUUGGAUCAGCUGUUCCGAGACCAGCGACUUACAGCAAUAAUUUUCCAGUGUACCUCCAAGGAAGCUGACAACUUCGGCCGUUUCCUCAAUGAAGUUCUGAGAGACUUGACUCGUUGGCAUGCCGACAAAGCGGUAUAUGAGAAGGAGGCAUUUGGAACAAGGAAGGAUCUCCCAGGAUUUGCCAUCAAUGUGGAUGCCGAAGGCAAACCUGUCACUUUCCUGGAUUACGAAGAUUUCCGACGACUCUUCUAUAAGUGGCACCGCCUUCUCGCAGCGUCGCUGAAGACGUGUCUGAACGGGGGAGAAUACAUGCACAUUCGCAAUGCCAUCAGUGUUCUCAAGGCUAUCGUUCAGUAUUUCCCCGCCGUCAACUGGAUCGGCCGUGAUAUGCUGGCCUGUGUCAAUUCGUUGAGUCAAAACGACGAGCGAGACGAUGUGAAGACGCCCGCAGCGUCUUUGAUUGGCGACCUCAACAGAAGAGAAAAGAAAUGGAUGCUUCCCCAGGCUUUUAUGAUAAAUGAGCCUGUACCCGCGGACAAGGCAAGAGCCCGUCCAUCGAGGCCACAGUCGACGACCCCCAAGCCUCUGAAUGCGGCCGCACCUGAAUUCAAGCCCUCUGCCCCUACAGGGACCAAUGGAACUCCAAGUCACCAGCCUACCGGGAAACCGGAGGUGGAGGAUGGCGAGAUUGAGGACGCGAAGAUGAGCGAGGCAGCUGCAAAACCAGUCUCUCAACCAGAACCGCCGACAAUCAGCAAAGAGGAGAAGUCGAUUGAGCAGACAGAGCAACCAGGCCCCGCUGCGGAAACAGUGGCUUCAACUGCCAAAGCCGAGGAAAUUGAAACGGAAACAGUUGUAGCCAAGGAGGCAGCAGCGCAUCCUGCCGAAACGGAGAGGCCACCAUCGUCAGCGUCACAGAAGCAUGCCGACGCUCCAUCUGGACGAGCCCGGACGUCACCAUCUCCGUCUCGAUCUCGUCCAAGCUCCGGACCACCUGAGGCUUCUCGUUCAUCUAACAUACCAAAGCGUCCAGAUAUUGAGAGAGGUGCACCAAGUACUCAUCCAUCCCGCCCGCCACCAAAUCUCCCGAACAAGCCAGAACCACCUCGACCUUACAGGCACGGCGAUGGCCGCUCUUCUCUCAGACAAGCCGACCUGAUCGACGACCGUAGAGAUUUCAGAGAUGGCAGACAUUCCGACUUUCCUCGUCCCAGUCGAUUCGGUGAUGCCGAGCGCGAACGAUCAUUUGACCACCCGAUGAGCGACGCUCGAGGCCAUGGCCGCGUGGAUCGUGACAGGGGAGAACCAUUUCCAUCUAGAGCUCCUCCUUCCGAUGAGCAGUUCCGUGGCCCUCCUAAUCGCGAUUCUCGGCCACCUCCUCGAGAGGCUGAUUGGCCCGACCGAUCAGGAAGGGCACGACCGCCUCCAGCUGAGCCGUUCCCUCCCCGACCGGAUGAUGGCCGGUUGUCCCGAGACGGUGUUCCUCCUAUGCGCUCUGCUCCACAACCCCAUCCGGACCGGGCAGAUUUGAUCCGCGAGCACCCUGACAGAGCCGCAUUGAUAGAAAGCGAAAGUCAGCAUCGUGGUGAGCUGUCGAGGUCUGAGAGAGAUGAGCGCAGGCCACACUCGUCAAGAGUAUCUCCACCCCCUAGGACAGACGAUUCACGGCCACCUCGUCCGGAACGAUUCCCGUCCGACGACCGUAGGCCUGGUAGCCACGCCCAAACCCAUCCUCGUCACGAUGACUUCCCUACGGGUCCGCGUGGUGAACGACCUGGGCGUGGUCCGGACUUGAUUGAACCAAGAGAUUCAUGGUCUGGUCCUGACAUGUCCCACGGAAGACUGAACCAGGAGUCGAGAUAUCCUCGCCAGCAAGAGCCACCCUCUGACAUUCCAUCUGGACCGAGAGGCAGGAAUGCUCCGGGACGCGGUCGAAAUGUUUCGACAUCCCAGCCUUCAACUCCAGGAACGCCUGGCGCAGCCCCUGAACGUCAGCCCCCGACUGGUCCUGCCGGCCGGUCUAGCACGAGGAGUCUUCGUGAACCAUCUCCUCCGUCGACUGGCCCUCCACCUCUUGCAACUGAUAGAGCAGAUACGAGUGGAAUCCAUCCUGAUCGGCUCAGGAAUUUGCAGGCAGCUGCUGAUCCUUCUUUUAGUGGCCCUCGAUCUCCAGUCAUGCCACCUUCUGGGCCCCGCGGAAGUGGCCAUGGACCAUCCUCCGGACCUGGCUUUGGUGGAGAGCGAGGCCGAGGAGACAAGCGCUUUGCAGGUAUUAAUAACGUGCUCCAGCAAUCGGGUGGUCCGUCGGAUCGAGGCGGGCAAGGACCGCCAAUUCGAGGAAGAGGUGGCAGACAGGCCAGUUCGAUGAAUACCGUGUCCCCGCAUGGAAGUCGCCCUGCCAGUCCCCCGGGCGAUUCUGAAGAAGGCACCGGAUCGAGCGCACCGCAAAGUCGGCCGGAUCUAUUUCCCAGCGAAGUCAAUGCGCCAUCAUAUCCCGAAGAUGACAGUCGUGCCCCCGGUCGUCUUGGGGGUGGUAGACGAGGUGAGGUUUCAGAUGAAGCGCCUUCCGAGGUCAGGCGGUCUAGUCGUUUUGCGAACAACACUCCGGACCGCGAUCGUGACAGAGAAAGGGAUCGGGACCGUCGUGGCGAAGAGGACAUUCUCCGAGGAAGUGGCCGAAGGGAUGAACGUCGAGAUAGGCUUCGGGACCGCGAUCGUGAGCGCAGUCGCAGGGGUGACAGUGACAGUCGGGAAGAGUCCAGCCAGGAAGUCAGAGAGUCAUCUGGUCGCCGAGGAGGCCCCAGCAAUCGCGACGAGAACCGGAAGCGGGACCGAAGGGAUCGGGACGUUUCGACGGACCGUUCCGGGGCUGGUGGUAGCAAUGAGAGUCAGGGUCGACUGAGAUCGUCGUCUUCGAUUGGCGGUCCCUUACCACCACCGCCUCCUCCGCCUCCUGGAGGGCCAGGCGAGGAGCGCAGAUGGGGCGGCGGAAGUGGUCGCGGCGAGAAUCGGGACAGCAGAGAGCGGGAGCGCAAUCGGGAUCGAGGAGGCAGGGAUCGUGACCGCGAUUAUCGCGAGAGCAACAGCAAUGCCCUCCCGCGCAAGCGUGGUCGGCCCGGUGAUGAGAAUCACGGACACGGAGAUAGCGGCAGCGGUCGCGGCGGUGGGAUGAGAGUCGGCAGUGAGAGCAAACGGCCCCGGCGUGGAGCGUGA